CAAUGCGCAUAGGAUGAUCUCACUAGUCAACACGUCAUACUCAGUGUACAUAUAAAAACGGAAUUGCUCAUUCGUCGUGCAUACAGUUAAUGAGUAGCAAUAGAUGCAGUUGCACCUUAUUUACAUACAGGCUUGUAAAGUGCGUGCGCGAAGUGAUUGUAAAUAAUUUCUGAUAAACAUGGACCUAAACAAGAUAAAUGAAAUUGCAGCUACGGGCCACACGAGUAAGCCGAAAAAGAACCUGUACGAGCUACCGCUUAACCAAUACCAGACUGUAUUUUCAUUAAGAAUCGUACAAGGACGUUUUGGACAGGUGCCGUUGGUGGAGCUACAAAAUUUCAUAGUGUUUCUACCAGGGAGAGCGACAGAAGUGAUCAUCGAAAACCUAGAAAAUUUCACUCCGGGACGUUACGCAAUUGCGUAUACAGGCAGCGAGGCCAGCUCUUUCGAAGACAAUCAAGUUCACCAUUUUAAGCUGAAGGAUCUACACGAAUAAGGCUGAUACGCUUUUCCUCUUCUUGCAAGUGCAACUUUGUCCAUGUUGUUGUUGUUACGUGUUUUUGGUGGAUGGACCAGAUGUCAUUGAUGUAGGUGUCGCCGAAGAUGGUGUCGACUCGAUCGAUUCAGAGCAAACCAGAGAGUUGUCUUCUUCUUCUUCUUCUGAGAGCGUGUGAUAAUUUAUAGACUUUGGGCAGUAGCAGAAGUGUUUUCGUCAUUUUAGGCAGUAUGCUGUACCGUACUGUGACAUUAUAACAAAUAAUGGAAAUAAUCAAGCCCAACAAUUAUAUAUGUGUAAUUUGAAUAGUGAGUAUCGUUUGUUUUUUUUUAAUAGAAGGAAGAGAUACAUAGUCAUACAUCCUUCAAUUGAAAACUGUCGAGUUAUAUUUUUCAACAGAAUAGAUAGGAAAACACGUCUAUGCGUAAGUGAUCUGACUCAUUUCAUGUUUUGCAGUAAAUUUUUGCAUAUAGAUCGAUAAAAGCUGAUGAAUAAUGGUAAUUAUAGAUGCAAUUCUGUGGAUUCAGUUUAAAUGAAAAAACGUAUGUAUUAUAAAAUUCGCGGGAACAAUGCCUAUAGCAUGAUCUCAAUCAAUAGUCAACACGUCAUAAUCAUAAUCAUAAUAUUUUUUCAAUUACGCAGUUGAAAAAAGCUCUCAGUCCAUACGAUGAUAAACGUUAUUUAAUCAAAAACAAUCAUGAUACUUUACCUUGGGGACAUUAUACCAUAGUAUCAAACGAAGAUACGUAACAUGUACAAUUUUAUUUUAGUUAUGAUAAGCCUUAGAGAAUUAUCACUCAAAAAAGUUUUGUAAAUGUGUAAAUUCAAUCGUUACUUUUACUAAUGUGUCACCAUUACCAUGGACACUAACUGUGGAAGUCAUCAAAUGUUAUGCGAAUUUUAAAUGGUGAAAAGUAUUGCUUGAGGCACACGAUAAUCCUUUAUGAGAUAUUUUGAUUAUACAAUCAGUGGAGCAUACAAGGGAAAUACCUAGUGAAACUCAUAGGAAGGCACUUUUAUAUCAAGCAAAUUUUGAAGACAUAUAUAUUUUUCCAAAGUAUUGUGUUUGGGUUGACAUUUGUUACAUUCCAGAAUAUAAUUUAAGAUUAUGUCGUGGUUGCUGUAACGCAUUUAUGGUAGUAUUAGGUUUCAGGAAUCAAAAAAGAGCCAUUGUUCUUCGUGACCAUAUUGAUAUGGUAUCACAGGUUCAAGAAAUUCAUAGCUUAUACAGAUCUAAAUAUAUGUAAUGCCAAAAUAACUUUUUGGAACCAUUGUUUGGUUUGAAAGACGAAUAUACUUAUGUAAAUGACCUACAUAACAUCGAUGAUGAUAAUAAUCUCCCAUAUUUUACGAGAUUCGUAGAUUCUGGUAACGAUGAUUCCGACAUAGACUUUUAAGAAUGUAUGUAAAUGUACUUGCAUAUACUGCUAAACAUUGAUUGUAUCAUAUUAUAUGUAUCGAAAAUAAAAAAUACGUUUUGCAAUAUGUCUAUAUGUUUCCUUAUCC